UCUGCAAUUCUUUCUACAAUGAAAGAUAAGAUGCAGGGAGUCAACCUGUCAACAGUAUCUGAAUUUGUUCUCGUAGGCCUUUCUGAUGUUCCAGCAGUCCGUUUUCCUCUCUUUGUGCUGUUUUUGAUCAUUUAUUUGGCCGCAAUGGCAGGCAACAUCACAAUCCUUGUUGCCACUAGCACAGACACCCGUCUGCACAACCCCAUGUACUUCUUCCUUGGCAACUUAUCCUUACUAGAUAUCUUAUGUCCCACUAUCACUGUGCCAAAGAUGCUGGAGGCCUUGUUGCUUGAGAACAAGGUGAUUUCAUUCACUGCCUGCAUGCUCCAGAUGUUCUUCCUCAUUGAUGUUGUAGGCACAGAGAUUUUUCUCUUGGCUGUGAUGGCGUAUGACCGUUACGUUGCAAUAUGUCAUCCGCUGCAGUACGUGAAUAUUGUGAGUAUGAAACUGUGUGCUCACCUAGCCAUUGGCACCUGGGUAGUAGGAUUUUUUAAUUCUCUGUUGCACACAUCUUUGAUUUUUACACUCCUUUUUUGUGAUUCUAAUGAAGUUGACCAAUAUUACUGUGAUAUUCCUCCUAUGCUGGCCCUCUCCUGCUUGCCUACUUACAGUAGGGAAGUAGUAAUUCUCAUAGUUGCUGGGGUCCUUGGAAGCAGUGCCUUUGUGGUCACUCUGAUCUCAUAUAUCUAUAUCUUGUUGUCUAUCCUGUACAUGAACUCGUCUGAGAGCAGGCACAAAGCUUUCUCCACUUGCGGGUCUCACUUGACAGUAGUAUGCCUCUUCUACGGGACCACCAUUUCCACAUAUGUACGGCCUUCCUCCACCUACUCACCUAAUCAGGAUAGGAUAGUUUCCAUGCUCUAUGGAAUCCUCACUCCCCUGCUAAACCCCAUAAUCUACAGUCUGAGGAACAAAGAAGUUAAAUGUGCCCUGAGAAGAGUGAUCAGCCGAGUAAGAACUGCUUUAACAAGACGAGAACAUCUCUGUCAGCCUCUGGCGUCCUCUGGAGCCCUAGCAAUUGGAUAG